AUGUCCAAGACCACCCCGAAAUACCUCCUCCUCUCCCUCCCGACCUCCGUCGUCCCAUCACACCACGCCGACGACGCCCUUGAAGCAAUUUCCACCACAGUGUCCGCGGAAAAUGGCAGCGCAGCCCCGUUCUCAAUCCCCGAAUUCAAAAUCGGUACCCUCGACGCCCUCGUCCAGCAGGCGGAUGAACUGGCUAAGCUUGAGAGCCAGUGCCAGGGUGUUGUUGCUAAGGUUGCGGAUGCGUUGAGGAAUAUUCUCGAUGGUGAUGAGGCGCAGAUCGAGAGGAUGAUGGUUGUUAAUGACAAACCGGUUGACCAGUAUCUUCGAACAUUCCAGUGGAAUAAGGUUAAGUAUCGCGCGGAUAAGUCGCUUGCGGAGUUGAUUGAUCUUUUGCACAAGGAGGGCGCCAGUAUCGACAAUGACAUCCGCUUCAAAUACUCGCAAUAUAACCAGGUCAAGAACACGCUGGCAACCCUGCAGCGCAAACAAACAGGAAACCUCUCCACAAAAUCGCUCGCCUCAAUCGUCGACCCCCGCACCGUCGUCCAAGACUCAGAGUACAUCGAAACGCACCUUAUCGCGGUUCCAAACUCCCAAGAGAAAGAAUUUCUAAAGAACUACGAGACUGUCGCACCAAUGGUCGUCCCGCGCUCUGCGUCUCUAGUCGCCUCGGACAACGAAUUCACCUUGUACGCCGUGACGACGUUCAAGAAGCACAGCGUCGAAUUCGUGCACAAGGCCCGUGAGAAUAAGUGGAUCCCGCGUGACUUCAAGUACGUGGAGGGCGGCAAGGAAGAGGAACGGAAAGAGGUUGAGCGUGUUGGUGGUGAUGAGCGCAAGGUUUGGGGCGAGACGCUUCGUCUUGGUAGGACGGCUUGGAGUGAGGCUGUUAUGGUUUGGAUUCAUGUGCUUGUUCUCCGGGUCUUUGUUGAGACAGUCCUGAGAUAUGGAUUGCCUUUGGACUUUGUUUCUGCAUUGGUUAGGACCCCCUCUUCCAAGCAAGCGGAUAAAGCAAAGAAGAACCUCGACGAUAAGUACUCCUACCUCGCCGGCAAUGCCUUCGGCCGCGACAAGAAGGGCCGCGUGCAACGGGAUGAUCCGCAAGACAUGCACGGGGCAGGCGAGGGCAGUGCAGAGUACACGCCGUAUGUGUUCUACGAAUUUGAAUUCAAUUGA